UGUAAGUUUCCAGCUGCAGCAAAAGAGCGACUGCAUGGAGCCGUCCUCUGUUCACAGACAGAGUUUGCCAUAUGAUGGGAUAGGGCAGCUGCUCUCCUCGUUGCAGCCCCUAAACAAUGGGGCCAGCACCCUCUUGCAUGCCCACUCCUCAGAGUCUGAAUACUUCCCGGGCCAAAGCCUCCAUUCCUGUAUAAGCUCUGGCAGGACUACCGCCCCAACCACUCCCACUAUUGGACGCAGGUCUUCUGAGGUGCUGGGGUCAGAGGAAGGGCAACGAUCUUUUGUGACUUUCAGCUACAUUGAGAAAGCUAGUAUUCGGUCUGUGGAGAGCCCCCAGAGUUCAUUGUGCCUAAGAGGGCCGCCUGCUCCUGCCAAUCCCUUACGCAGAUCUGUAGAGGAGAGGACGACUCCAGCCCACCUCCGCAAGAGACUGAGUGACCCCAUCCACCUGGGUAGUCAAGACUCCUUAUGUAGCGCUAGCCCAAAGUUGCAUUGUCAAGCAUCUGGAGAGCAGCCUCCGAACCUCCGUCAUGCCACCAUUGACUUCAUUGCAAGAGCUGCUACCCACAGGGCCCUGGAAGAGUUUGGAUCCCCCGAACUGCAACGCCGUGCCGUCAAUGUGUCAGACAGCCCUGGCCCCAGCACUUCCCAACAGUCCCGGUGCCAGUCCAGGAAUAGUUCUCCAGCUCCAGUACGCAGCGCUAGUACUCUCCCCAGCACCUGUGUAGCGGACCCGCAAAAGAACAUAUUUGGGUGUUCUUUGCCCCGGAGCCCUGCCACUGAGCAGCUCUCCUCUCAUACCAGGCAACCAGCUGUGACAUUGCCCCCGUCCCCAAAAUCUAAGGCCCAGGAGAGCCCCAGACCACCUUGCAAGCCAACCCCUGCCAUGCAUGACAAGCCUUCAACAGCUGGCAAUGAAAAUCUCAGCAGCAAGAGGAUCGAUCGCUCCCCAAGUGAAAGUCCACGAUCAGCCCAGAGAGUCAACUUCAACUUGGGGAACUUCCACAGCCAGCUGGGCGAUGGGAUGAAGCAGCUGGGUGGUAAAAAGUCUGUUUCUCCUGUCAACAGCCCUGAGGUGGCUCGCAAGUUAGCUGAGGAGGCCACUAAGCUGUCUACAAUUUUUAUGGAAGCCAGGCGGUCCUCAUCGCCUACCCCCGUGGAGGACUCGGACAGCCCCAAUUUCCCCUGCUAUCUAUCACAGGAAUCCCAAAGGUGUUCUUUCUCACCAGAUCGAGGCUCACCGAUGCAGCAUCAUACUGAGAUGAACAUCCCCCUCCACGGCCCCUCUAGGAGGGACAGUGACUGUCUGGGAGGCAGGCACCAUACAGUAAAGGCAGACAUUAACUCUCCAGUCCAUUUGCGGAAAGAGCAGAGGGGGGACAACACUACGCCAUCAAGGCAGUCACCGGCCUUGCCAAACAUAGAGUCACCUCCUAUCCCCACAAAGCUGCAAAGAGCCAGCCCACUCUGUGCAGAUAUGAUUCCUUCACCCAUUACAGACCCCCGACAGCAUAAGCCAGAGCUCCUAGCUGAUGACAGCCCUGUGCUCCACCAGGAUCAACCCCCACAGUAUAUGGGAAAGAGCAGAUCCCCUAGCCCGGAAUGGAGCCACAAAUCAAGGUAUGAACGAGGAAUGAGGGACUGCCCAGAAGUGACCAGGAAGGCUGCACCGGUCGAGCAUUGUGGCAUUUCCAAUCCAGAAGGGCUGGUGAGCCGGAAUUCCCAACAGCAGUGGGGGAAUGCAGCACCUGCAGGAGGUAACAGUUCAAAACUGGUACUCCAGGACAAACAGUUUGUGGCCACUACUUCCAUAGAGCCAAAGGGCAUUGAGCAGUCAAGUAUAGAAGCGGACAAAGCGCCCACCGGAGACAGAGGCAAAAAUGGGCUGGGUGCCCUGUUGAAGAGUGAGGCGCCUGCCUAUGGGGAUCAGAGCGGGAUGCUGGGGUCCUCCCACAGCUCCAGCGGGGUCACGGGCAGCCUUGGGGACAGCAGCCAGCCAGACCACAACUGCAUGUCCCUGGAGACCAGCCAGUCCAGUCAGAAGAGCAGCGACACAGUACACGCCACCUCGGUGAUCCAGUCUGACAGCGGCUGUUCUCCGAUGGGCCCCUCCCUACACUCUCAGAGGAUUGCCCGUGCCAAGUGGGAGUUCCUGUUUGGGACACCAUCCUCCGAAGGCAGUGACAGCGCUGUGAAAAACCCUACCGAUAUUGGGGAUUCCUCCACUGCGCCCCCUAGUGGCACAUCCAGCGAGUCUCCAACUCCGACACCCCCAAACUCUCUGCCCCUGAAAACGACCCCUUCUGAAAGGGGUCCAGAGGGGAUGAGCCAGUCGCUGGCCAGCCAUAAUGUGCAGCAUGUGGAAGUGGAGCUUGUGACCCCUCCCCCCGCAGCAGCAGGAGCAUCGCCCAAGACUGGCAUCAUUCGACGCACCAUCAAAUACUCAGAGACGGACCUGGAUGCCGUUCCACUGCGUUGCUACAGGGAGACGAACAUUGACGAGGUCUUGGCAGAGCAAGAGGAGGCCGAUUCAGCGUUUGGGAGCAACCGCAGCGUGAUGGGCACCUCAGGUGCUGGCAGCAGCCCCCUGGAGGGGGCACUGUAUGUGCGGACAGAUGGUGAGGAGGACCUGGAGGAGGAGCUGCAGGAUGAGGAGGUGGUGAGCUGGGCCAGCGUGAGGAUGCAGGGGGACCGGAAGAGGCAGCACGCCACACAGGAAGAGGAUGAGGUGUACAGCCUGCUGCUGAAGAGGCCUUUAGGUAGCCUGUCCGAGAGUCCAACGGCCCUGAAGUCCCCCAUCGCGGUGACAAGUCCCCGCAGGGUCUCGGAGGACGGCCUGGAUACGUUCAGCCGCCAUUUCGAGAGCAUCAUGGAGUCCCACCGUGCCAAGGGGACGUCGUACAGCAGCUUGGACAGCGAAGACCUGCUGACUUCCAGCCAGGCUGUGUUUACCUUUGACUUGCCCACCCUGACACCGGAGAUCCAGGGGCAGAUAUGCCAGAGUGCUCGUGACAUCAUCGAGCUCAGCUUCGCCCCACUGGCCCAGAGCGAGCCCUCCAGCUCCUUGGACUGUGCUUACGAUGCCGGUGACCAGUUACACAGCGGUGGCAGCCAGGAAAUCGCACAGGUGCGGUCCAGCGAAGGGCUGAUAAGCGCGGCCGAGGACAUCCCACCGAGCAUGCAACUCAGCACCGAGGAGGACCACCGGCGAAACACGCACCCUCAAGCCAGGUCAGUACCAGGCCUCAGAUACCGAACCUCAUUGAAAACACACAGGAAAGACUCAUAA